AUGCAGCGCAGCUGGCUCCAGUUGAUAUCCAUAGUGUCACGCAAUAUUAUCGAUGACUUGAAAAGUAACAUUCUCAACAAGCCCCCGAUUCUACUAAUCCUCAACCCGGACUCGUUUGAACCACCCUUCACGAAUGGGUUUGACGAGUACUUUAAUGUCACAUCGACCGCACUCCUCGGCCAGUACUCAAACAGUAAAGCUGCGAACUAUGCCAUUGUUGCGUUAUCGAUUGUUCUAGCCGGUCUAGACAUUGUCUACAGCAUAAUACGGCUCUCGAUCUCAACGAUGUUAAUGGGGGCGUUCUUUGGGAGUCUCCUAUUCUUUGGACUCUGGUUUGUCGUGACUGCGUCCAGAAGAUGGAAGUUGGUGGUGCUCUUGUUUCAAAAUAACGACUACAAUGUACUAUACUAG